AUGUCGCUUCCUCCUCUUGUUUGCAAUACACCACCACCACCAGAUCAGUGCGAAGAUGACAAAGACACUGAUGAUUUUGAUGUUAACUACAAUUUAUCACAAGACGAGGAUGAAGAGAACAACGAUUAUGAUUAUCAGACAUAUACUAAUUAUAAUAUGUAUGAACCCUCAAAAUCAGAAUCAAUACAAGAAAGAAACUGGUCCCCUAUUAUUACCAAAACUUUGGAAAGUAUUACAAAUGAAAACAUAACUGAAAAAAAUACACAAAGGAAUGAACAACAAAAUGAACAACAACAAGACAAAUUGACCAUUGAUGAUGUGGCUGCCGAAGAUUUAAAUUUGCAAAUAAAUGAAGAUCAAUUGAGUAAACCUAACAUAAAUUCAGAAAACAGUGAAAUGGAUAAUUGUGAAAAUGAUUUCCUUUCCAAAGAAAUUACAACACCAUUUGAUAAUAAAACAAGCAUUGAGUCUGAUAUUGUUAUGCAAGAUGACAGUACUUCUAGGUCCAACACCCCUGACGACAUUUCUUCUGCAAUAGUAACUGAACAUUUUGAUUCUAAUUAUGAUGAUGUUGAAGUUCAUUGUGAUGAAUUUAAUUCCAAUUUAGAAUCAAAAAACAAUGGUACGGAAGCAGAUCAGUCUUUUGAUGAACUUGAAACUAAAAAGGAGUUGAAAGAUUUAGAAGACAGUGUAGAGACUGAAGAUGACUUUGGUGAUUUUGAUGACUUUCAAUUUGUUGGCAAUAACAAUCAUAUAACAACAGUAAUAGAUAAUUUUGAAGAUCCAUGGAAUAAUGAAACACCUCAAACCAGUGAUUUUGGCCCCUUCAAAGCUGAUUUUGAUGAUAACAUUAAUAGUUCACAUGAAGCUGACACAGAAAUAAAAAAUAUCAAAAGUAAUAUUAGUUUAGAAAAUCAGAAAAAUAAUGAUGACAAUGUUCAAGAUGAUUUUGGGGACUUUGAUGAUUUUAAAUCAUGUGUUGAACAAAUUGACACAAAAGAUAAAGUCCCACAGUCAAAAGAACAAGUUACCAUAUUAGAUUUACAUUCACCAGAUAAUGAAAGUCAAAUUUUAGAAAGUAUUAACAAUGUUUUUAUUUCUAUUUUUGAGGAAGAAAUAUCAGAACCACAGUCUCAAUUCAUAGGAAGUUUAGAGUCUGUACUUAAUGAGAAAUGGGGACAUUUAGUAGAUACAGAUGUAAGACAACCCUAUAUGGUCAAUUGGAAUAAUUCAUUAGGCCAGAAAAAUCUCUUAAAAGCUCUUUGUAUUGAUUCAAGAAAUAUUCUAUUUGGGCCCAAAUGGAAUUACAAUAUGCCUAAGUACGCAGUAAACCUAAAUACUGCCCCUCUACAACCACAAAAAGAGUUAACAGCACCUUUGUCACAUUCAGAAAUUGUAAAUUCUGAUAAGUCUUCACUUAAAGAGACUGACACUUGGACGGAUCCUUUUUCAUCUAAUGGACAAGAAUCAUGCAGCAAUGAAAAUGAAAGUACUACACCUGAAAAGACAUCUACUGAUUUGGAAGUAUUUGAGAAAGUUAUGUCAACGAAAUUGGACAAAGUUUAUCCAACAUCCCUAAAUAUUCAAACUUUACGCCAAAUUAACUUACCAGAUACACACAUUUUUACACCAUCAGACUCUGAAACGCCCAGAUCUAAAACAAUACAUUAUGACAGCGGUCCCCCCAUUUUAUUUCCGGAAUCCAAUGUAAGCAACAAUAAGACUACUACAACAGUAUUAAAUUCGCAGUCACUUCCUAAUGAAAUUGUAAACAAGUUGGAAGAUGAUAAUGAUUAUUGGGAAUUUCAAGAUUUUAAAAGUACAACUGAAACCAUUAAAUCGCCGACACAAUCAGUAGUUGAAAAAUCGAACACAGAAUUGGAUAGAAAUAAUCUACUACAAAGUGUCAGUGUGCCUUAUCAACCACACUUAUUACAACCUAUUAAAGUUGAACCAAUUGCGCCAACUCUAAAUUGGCCAGAUCCCGGUGAAGUUAAAGAAACAUUUAACGAUUUCUCAGAUUUUGUAUCAAGCACGCCAUGGGAUGGAAAUAAAAACAAUGUUACAGUUGCAGAUAUUCACGAAAACAAAUCUGAUGUAAUAACUGUAGAUUCAAAUAUUGUUAAUCAUUCUAAUAAAACAUCGACUUUUGAUGCCGUUAGUAAUGAAACCACUUUUAAUGUUAAUAAGGAAUUGAAUGUUAAUGCCGUUAGUUAUGAUGACGAUUUUGAAUUAUUUCAAUCUGCCCCGCCCCCGCUCCGAAGUAAUAAUGAAGCACCAUGUUCACCUUCAACAAGCAAAACAACAGACUUUGAUACUGCCUUUUCUGAAUUAAGUAAACAUAAUAAUACAAUUGAGGUAAGAACAACAAAGUCUAGCGACAUUUCCGCAAAAGAUGCGUUACACUUUACACCAGAGAGUUGUAACGUUUUGAGUGUUCAAGAUGGAUUUGUUACAAAUUCACCAAUUCAUCCUGUGAAGACCCCAAAUAUUUUGCAACCUUUGCCUGCGUGCUCCAACAAUACAACGCGAAAUCAAAAUAAUACAGUCCAGAUCUUACAACCUUUAUCAUUAGAAAGCUAUUCACAAAUUAAUUGGCCAAACCCAGGAAUAGAUUUGCAAGAUCUUUCUAGAUUCAAUCCCGUUGAAACACUUCCAUCUUUAAAAAGCGAUUUGAGUACCAGUAGUCAAAGCAAAACUAACUCACCUGCUCAUAACGAAAAGAGUUCUGUUCGCAAGGAAAUAUUAGAUGACGACAUAUGGGGCGAGUUUGUUUCAAGUAAACCUAAGCAACAAAUACCAGCACCAAAAAAACUGCCAGUUUUUGGCGAUGAAGACGAAUGGACAGAAUUUGUAUCAAGUCCAAGUGUGAAACCUCAAAAUGGUUUAAAUACAAUUAGUCUAAAUGUUCAUACUAAUUUAAGUAUGCAAAAAUCUACUAAUGUAAACAAACUGAAUACAAAAAGCAAUCAAAUAUCUCUAGACAUUCCAACAUUAAAUUACAUAACACCUAAAUCAAAUCGUAAGACAUAUAAUGACAAACAUUUCCAAAAUUUAUAA